UACGUUUAAUCUAACAUAUUUACCUGCCUAAUAAUUCAUAAUACAACACACAACCAGGUUGUUACAGAAGCCAUAGGAUUCGAGUGGAUUAUUGCAAUAGUGUAUAUAAAAAAAAGAUUUUUAAACUCAUUUGCAAUUUUCCACUGUUUUUAAAUUCGUUUGUAUGCGAUGGGCAUGCUGAAUAUGAUGUUGUGCAUUCUAUUCUAAUUGGGUCAUUUUCUAAACUUUCAUUGACUCAAACAACUGUGUAUUUAUUACAUAGGCAUAACUGUUGCAUUUGCGCUUUGGCUGCUGUCAGAUGCUUGUGUAAUGUUUCAGGGAUGUUUUAUUCAUUAUCUGUGUGUAUACAAAAUCUUCCAACGUUUCCUUAUUUGGUUCACGCAAUUAUAUCGUUUCUUUCGAGUAACAGCAUCACUUCCUGGUGCCAGGAAUGAGUCAAAGAAUAUUUCUGUAUAGACUUACUGUGAAACAUUGCUUUGUCUGUUAUCAAGCAAUUGCUUAGGCCUACAAAAAAAGUCACAACAGAAUGGUGGAAUACAUUUAUAAUAAUGACACUCUGCAUAUAGCAUUAUGUUAAUGCUACUUCAUAGAAGCUUCAAUAUCAACUCUAAUUACUGAAUGUCAAUUGUUGUUUACAUGAAGUCUUUUUGUCCAGUGAUUGGUAUCUGUUGGCACCUCCACGCAGCAUAAACACUAAUCUCUUCACUGAACCGGUUUCACAGAUACAGAUCAGCACUUUCCAUAAGAGAUGAAAUGCACAAUGAACAAACAAUAGAACUGAAUCUACCAAUAACAGUGAGAAGGUCUCACCCUUAUCUUUUCCCUAUGCAUGAGAAGACAAUGCAGGUGGUAAGAGGAGUGAGGGAUUGUUAUGUCACAUGUGGGCAAAUAAAAGGUACAGAAUGCCAGCUAGGGACACCAGGUGCCUUCGUGGCCACAGCAAAGUGCCACAGUACCAGUACAAGAUCAGAGAGAAUUCACUUUCUCUAGGAGACACAACGUAGUUAGUCAGAACAUGACCAGUCAGACAUGAAGAUUGAAUGUGACUUUCAUUUCCAUUGGAAUGAGGGAGGAGGGGAAAUGGGUGAGGGAAAAGAAGCUUUGACAGAAAGAUGGAGUAAGGGCAUCUCUUGCCAGGGAAUGCAUUUUGUGUCUGAAAAACACUAUGAUGUAGAUGGAAGUAAGUGGAAAGCUGAGGAGUUGAAAAAGGGCAGAAGAGAGAGAGAGAGAGAGAGAGAGAGAGAGAGAGAGAGAGAGAGAGAGAGAGAGAGAGAGAGAGAGAGAGAGAGAGAGAGGAUGGAAGAGAUUGUAGUGACUGAGGAGAGAAAAUAAAAGUGAAAGAGAGCAUUUUGGUCAAAGCAACAAAAAAGUGUCAGGGGGCUUUUGGGAGGAAAGUGAAACAAAGACUGAACGGUGCAGGAUACAAUGCUGCUGGUUUCUCCUGUCUGAAAAGAGGUGAAGAAGAAUAGACAAUUAUCCAUCACUAAUUCCUCUAAAGACCUCUUCCUGUUUCACACCCCCUUCAUCCUCCCUUCUUCCCCCUCUCCCUCCCCCGUAUACCGUUCCUCUCUUCACGCUGUCUCUCUGUGACCUCUCCAUCAUCCAUCCACCUUCUUCUCUUUUGUUCCAACCUCGUCCCCUGUAACUCCCGUAUCCUGCUGUGCACACUCUCUACCAAUUGUGUGUGUGCCAUCUAUUGUAUGUCUGUGUCGGUGAGAAACCCGCCACAGCGGCGGCGCUCUCUGGGUCCCGUUUCACCUAAACGCAUCUACAGAAACCUGUCGGUCAGGCUGAGGGGCGGAGAGUCCUCUUUUUCUGGAGAGACAGACAUGCCGAAACAUCCAUGCAAGGCCCCUCACACAUAUCAGAACCUGUGGGAGGCGGUGGAGAAGGAGGACACCCUGGCGGUGCAGAGCCUGCUAUGCAGGGACAGAGUGUGUGGCGGAGGAGGAGGACGGGAUAAAGAGAAGAAAGAGAAGGACUGGGAAAGAGAGAGGGAGAAAGGUGUAAACAGAGUGAGUGAGCAGGGCCUGGUACCUCUGGACGUGGCUGCUCUAACCCAGAACUCCCCUCUGCUGCACGUGUUGACCAAGGCAGGAGCCAGACACAACCCCGUCUUGUGUCUUCCAGCGGAGUGGUUGUGCAAGCUAGAUGCCCUGGUGAUGUUGGCUGACAGGCAGGUGGAGGACAGGAGGGAGGAGCUACUGGGUGGAGCAGGGGCGGGGCCACAUGUGCAGGCCAACAUACAGAGGCAGCUCCACCUCUGGACUCUGCGGCAGCAGCUGUACUGCAGGAUGAGGGAGAGCUUCCACCACACAGACCUCCCUGGCCCUCCAAGCAGUGUGUCACUGUUUGUGACCAGUGCCUCUUCCCUGUUUGUGUCCAUUCGAGAGCCAAACGGUAUCGCCACUGGAUUGAUCACCCGCUACAGAGUGGAAUGGAGCACCUCGACCAACUUCAAGAGUAUACUUGGCUCAGCCCAAGUGAUCGACACUAAGACCCCCGUCCACAGCAUCACAGGACUCAAGACAGGAAUGCACUACUUUGUGAGGGUGACCGCCUACAAUGUGAAGGGAUGGGGCCCGGCUCAGAGCUCCAGCCCAGUGAGUGCUGCCCCCUCCAGCUGGAGGGAGUGUAUGGGAGUGAAAACUCCAAGCAGGAACAAGGAGGCUCUAGUCAGGAGACUGUUGGAGCAGACCAGAGAGCCACACUACAAGGGAUACUGUAUAGAGAGCUCCAAGCCCCAGAGCCCCAGUAAGCGCCUGUCUAUGUCUCGCAGCCUGAAGCUGCUCUUCCAGUCUGCCACCAAGUUUGUCCGUCUCCUACAGAGGGGUGUAUACCUGGCAACUGUGUUCUACAGAAAGGAAAACAUCCUGGUCACAGCAGAUGACCAGCUCCCAUUGGUGGAGAUCCAGUGCUGCUCCACCUCCAUCUCUCAGGACUUCCUUUGGUUUGCCAAGUUGUCCUGUGCGUGGCAACAGGUGCCCUGGCUCCAGCAGGCCCUCUCCUCCGCUCUCUCCUCCUCUUCAUCACUACUUCAGAACAGGCACAAUAUCCUGCAGGCUGUAGCACAACUACAGUCCUCUCUGGGGACAGUAGACUUGGGGCAGGUGUACUAUGAGCCUCUGAAGGACAGGCAGGGUAAUGUCCUGCUGGUGACAGUGAAGGAUUGUGCGGCCCACACAAAACCCCCAGACCUCCCUCUCCACUGGGUCCCCCUGGCCUGGCUGGAGAAGAACCGGAGCAGGACCCUCUACUCAGAGCCUACUGCCAUGGACACCCUCACAGAGCAGCUCAAGGAGAAGCUGUCCUUCCACAGACACAGUGUCCAGUGGGCCAAGCCGGGCCUGUACGUGGGCAUCUUGAAGCUGUGCAGCACAGUGGAGCAGAUCAGGGUUCUAGUGCCCCAGAGGCUGCCCAACCUGCUAUGCCACGCCAGAAUGCGCCACAACCCCCAUGUGUCCCGCGAUGAAUGGGCGUGGUUACAAAGCCACAACAUGUUAACAGCCAAUGAGGACACAGAGGGUGAGGAUGAGACCUCGAUGGACAUCUCUGGGCUGGGGGAGUUUGUGAGGUCACUCAGGGCCGCUGUCACUCUCCUGUUGACAAAGCUCAACAUCCCCCUCUACAGGGCGUAUCAGUACGGUGUUUACACUCGGGAGCUGCUGCAGUUUGGGGAUAAGAUGUCCAUGCUGCUCCUGCUGCCCCCUAGUGAAGACUUCAGUUCUAGCUACUGGCCCCUAGUGGGCACCAAGGAGACAGGCCUUACAAUGCCACUGCAGAUCUUUGAGCUGGUGCACUUCUGGACGUACGAGCAAGACUUCCUGUCUCAGUACUGUCAGGUCUGGGUUCGGUUGGAGCUGGACGCCCAUCUGUCCCAGCAGGCUUUGCGAGAAGCUCUGGACACGAAGGAGGUGCAGGAGGCCAGAGACCGCCUUGGUCACAUCACUCAGCUCUCACAGGGUCUUGAGGUGGUGUGGCGUGAGGCCCGGUGGAUCAUGGAUGUCCUGCAGUGUGUCCGCUCUAAACAGUGGGUGGGGGCGGUGCCUCUGGGCCUGGUCAUGGGAGGAGACCCACCUGCCUGCCCAGAUGAUGAGGAGGAUGACAGGCCUACCACCAGAGUCUGGCCCCAGCGCAUACUCUCUCAAAAUAAAAUAUCAGAGAGCAUUACCUGUACUGUUACAGAUGUUGGUGUCAGCAGUGGGAUCUCUGAGCCAAUAUGUAUCCCGGGGGUCCAUGAAAAGGCUGUGGGUUUAAUUGAGGGGGCUAGCAAAGGGGGGUACCCCGUGGACCUCAGUGCCCAACAGCCUGUUGUGGCGUUCAACAGCCUGGACCAGUCAGGAGUUGGGUUCGACAGUGUGGCCCAAUCAGAAGUGGUAUAUCAUAACAUUAUGGCCCAAUCAGAAGUGGCAGAUCAUGACAUUGUGAACCUGCCAGCUGCCUACAGUGGAGAACUGGAGUAUCCUCACAGUUUUGUCAGUGAUGUGAUCCCGCCUCUACCAGAAGUGGACAUCAUCUUCCCCACACUGAGUCUGAUAGAUGAAGAGAGGGAGGAGGACCCUGUACCUGGGAGGAUGGAUAUGUUUGACAGUUUAAGUCUUGGAGUCGGUGAAAGCGAGGCUUUCUGUGGACUAAACUCUGACUUGAAGAGUGGACCUAAGGGUUGCUCUCUCUCUGAUGUGCAUCAUGAUACGAACUCACUGACAGCAGGCCUUAGUUUAGGAGACAGAACCUGUGCAGAUACACUGUUCUCAGGUCAUUUAGAUGGGCUGGCCACAUCUGCCUCUCUUCCCAUUGUGAGGACCACACCUGCCCAGAGCUGGGAUUUACCUACAGAGGACACGAUGAUACAUGCUGGCAACAGGGGGGGCAGCAUGCCAGCCAGGAGCCAGGUUGAGUGGGAGUGAACGUUAUUAGAACUGAACGUUACACCGAAAUACAUUGUACUUACUCAUCGUGCCUCUCGAAGAAUUUGACAACCAAUUCUCAACAAAUUCUUAAUAUGCUUUUAGUGCCUUUAACUAACAAACGGUGGGAUAUUCAUGGUUGUUUCCUCAUCACAUUAUCACAUUAUCACAUUAUCUUAUCAACUCUCUGUAGUUGUUCCAGUGGUGAUAUAAAGGGCCUGUCUCCAAGAGGCCCGAUAGACAUGUUCUGUGCUUCUGUACGAGAGAUGUCUCCCUGUUGCAACUUGUAUUCAACUGAAUUGAUGUAUGAUUGUCUAUAUCCACAACUGCUAUUCUCUUUUGUUCAAUGUAAAAUACUCUUUACCGUAUUGUACUCCAUUAACCUGUUGCACUUGUGUCCUUUGAACACACAACUAGCUAGUCUACAGUAAAAUCAGUUGAAUGGUUUAUCUUUAUGAAAUGACCAAAUACAAAUAUUUUCAGCUG